AUGGAGGGAACCAUUCCAGAAGAAGAGAAGUCACUUCAAAAGAAGAGAAAUCACUUCAACUGGAACGAAAAGAAGAUCUCCCAAAAGAAAAGCAUUCCAGAAGAUGAAGAUCCUCCAAAAAGAAGAUACUUCGGGGGUUAUUUCAGUGGAGAAGAUACUCCGAAAGAAAUAAAAAAAGACAACACCACGCAAGCAGGUGAAGCUCUCUCAAAUGAAGAAAAAAGCAUAAGUAGAAAAUUUUCAUACCAUCCUUGCUUUUCUUCAUAG